AUGGAGGGUCAUGGUUAUGACCGGUUUGGAGACGGGGAGAGGGACAAUUACCAGAUUGAUUACCGGAGGAUUGUAGGGGACAUGGAACCAGCAAGGCCACGCAUCUCAAACAGAGAUGGGGAACCACCUCAUCCCUAUGGGGCACAUGCCCACCCAACGCCACAUGGACAUGGGCAUGAGACUGCAGCACAGCGAUACAGCGCUACACGAAUCCAAGCUGGAUAUGAACCAGAAAGCAUGGCCGACUACUUGAUCAGUGGAGGCACAGGUUAUGUUCCUGAAGAUGGGUUAACGGCACAACAACUCUUUGCUAUUGGCGACGGACUUACAUAUAAUGACUUUUUGAUCCUCCCUGGUUUCAUAGAUUUUACCUCUGAUGAGGUGGACCUAACCUCUGCAUUGACAAGGAAGAUAACCCUGAAGACACCUCUCAUUUCAUCUCCCAUGGAUACAGUCACAGAGUCAUCCAUGGCCAUCGCUAUGGCACUGAUGGGCGGGAUUGGAAUAAUUCAUCAUAACUGUACUGCUGAGUUCCAGGCCAAUGAGGUGCGCAAAGUCAAGAAAUUUGAGCAGGGCUUUAUUACAGACCCCGUGGUAAUGAGUCCCCGACACACAGUGGGGGAUGUGUUUGAGGCCAAGAUACGCCAUGGUUUCUCUGGGAUCCCUGUCACAGAAACCGGCAAGAUGGGUAGCAAGCUGGUCGGCAUUGUCACCUCCAGAGACAUAGACUUUCUGUCUGAGAAGGACCACGAUAGACCCCUGGAAGAGGCAAUGACAAAAAGGGAAGAUUUAGUUGUUGCACCAGCUGGAGUCACACUAAAAGAAGCUAAUGAUAUACUGCAACGAAGCAAAAAAGGCAAGCUCCCUAUAGUGAACGACAGUGAUGAGCUGGUUGCCAUCAUUGCUAGGACUGACUUGAAGAAGAACAGAGAUUAUCCCCUGGCUUCCAAGGACUCCCGCAAGCAGCUGCUCUGUGGAGCUGCCAUUGGUACCAGGGAGGAUGACAAAUACAGACUGGACCUCCUUAUGCAGGCUGGGGUGGAUGUGGUGGUCCUGGACUCGUCCCAAGGAAACUCAGUGUAUCAAAUCAACAUGAUAAACUACAUUAAACAGAAAUAUCCUGAACUUCAGGUGGUUGGAGGAAAUGUGGUGACAGCUGCACAGGCCAAGAACCUCAUAGAUGCGGGUGUGGAUGCCCUGAGGGUGGGCAUGGGGUGUGGCUCUAUCUGUAUCACCCAGGAAGUGAUGGCAUGUGGACGGCCCCAAGGAACAUCAGUGUACAAGGUGGCAGAGUAUGCCAGACGUUUUGGAGUACCAGUAAUCGCUGAUGGAGGCAUUCAGACUGUUGGACAUGUGGUGAAGGCGCUGGCCCUGGGAGCAUCUACAGUGAUGAUGGGGUCAUUGCUGGCUGCAACCACCGAAGCUCCAGGAGAAUAUUUCUUUUCAGAUGGUGUGCGCCUGAAGAAGUACAGAGGAAUGGGCUCCCUGGAUGCCAUGGAGAAAAAUAAUAGUCAGAAACGUUACUUCAGUGAGGGAGAUAAGGUGAAGGUGGCUCAAGGCGUCUCAGGCUCAGUACAAGAUAAAGGCUCCAUCCAUAAGUUUGUUCCUUACCUCAUUGCUGGUAUCCAACACGGCUGUCAGGACAUAGGAGCAAAGAGUUUGUCCAUUUUACGGUCGAUGAUGUACUCUGGGGAGCUGAAGUUCGAGAAGAGAACCAUGUCUGCUCAAAUGGAGGGAGGCGUUCACGGCCUCCACUCUUAUGAGAAGCGGCUUUACUGAGGCGGGAGGAAGAGGAAACACACGAUCAGGACCUAACGUCCCGACUCCGGCAGCUGUGAGCAGAUGCACCGGGCGCAUGUGAUCAAACCACACAAAUGCAGAGCUGUC